AUGUCACGCUGGGGAAGAGGCCGAGGCGGUAGUGUGGCCGUGCCGUUAGAUAGUGCACUUUUCAGAGAAAACAGUAAUUGCCCCUCCGCGGCUCGUUCAGCAGGAACUGUUGGCAAAUGGGGUAUCACUAGCUUCACGUCUAUCAGGAGUGCUCCGUACGCAUAUAAUAGUCUUCUGAAGAAGCCAGUUCAGGAUCAAAAUAGUCCAUUGACAGUGCCAACUGUAGACACAGAGCAACCACCACCAAAACCGAAGAAAUUUUUUAAGUCUCGCAAUGCUGAGGCUUUCCCACCUGUUCCCCAAAUUGCUUAUGCACCCCAAAUAUCAGUCCCACCUCUUUCACCAGAACACCCACCAAGUAGUAAGGAAAAGAAAACAACCAAACGGAGUAGAUACAAUAGAGAUUCAUCUUCACCAGAAUUGCCACGACGUAAUUCUGAAAAGACUAAAUCAAAAAAGAAUGCAGUUGCAACAAAAGCAGCAAAAAAGGAAGAUCCUUCUAGUGAAAAUUCACAACCACCAAAUAAACGGUACUUAGUACGUAACCGCAACAAAGUCAUAAAUUAUGCUGAAGAUGGUAGCAAUAGUCCUAUACCUGAAAUGACAACUUAUGAAUCAUUACCUCCAAAGGUUCAAUCACCAAAAGCUAGUCCUUUAGUCUCUAGCCCAGGACCCAUUAAGGCAGAUGUAAGUCCUUCAACAAGCAAAGAUUCAAUAGAAGAACGUAAACCUCCACCUAUUGUUCUUCGAAUAUCUAAGGGAACAUCAAGAAUAGUGAGCACAGACUCAAAUGAAGGAUUUACAUCGCCUGGAUCUGAUAGACAUUCUUCUAUGGAUUUCCAUUCAGAUUUGGAUCAUAAAAAGAGUCCUUCAAUGGAAACAAUAUGUUCACCAAAGCAUGAAGGUCUUAAAAUUACCAUAAAGUGUUCAUCACUAAGUCAAGAAAGUAAAAAAGAAAAGAAAAAGGAGAAAAAAGAAGGCCAUCAUAAAUCACAUAAACGGCAUCAUAAAAAUGACGAUGAGCUGGCUCGAAAAGGUAGUUCCCCUGUACCAGGUACAGAUACAUAUGACCUAUACCGGGCCUUGGUGUCACCUGUGCAUGAGAAUGAAAAGGAACCUAAGAGUAAGUUGUUAGUUGAUAACAUUGAGUCACAAUUAGCUAAGUUAGAUUCUACAAGUUCUACAACUAAACCCAAAUUAGAAUCAAAAGGUCCUAUACCUGAACCUAAACCCCCUGAGGGGGGAACAGGAAGAUCAAGGAGGAAUAGACCAAAUAUUAACUACAGUGAAAAUGAUGAUUAUUUAGAUGCAAUCACAUCUAAAGCAGCUAAUAAACAUGGAACAAAGACUGUUAGUGAUAUUAAAAAAGAAGUCAGAAAGAGUAAAAGGAAGCUUGAAAUUGUGCCUGCUGCUGAUUUCAUAGAAAAUAAUGAGGUUCAAGGAACUGAAAAAGACACUGAAUCUCAUUUGGAGAAUAAUGACUUAAUUAAUAUUUUGUCUGGUGACAAUGAUAAACCUCUAAGUGACUCUCAGAAACCCAGAAAUAUUAAGAAACAAAAGAAUAAGCAUAAAAAUACUAAUCCGACUGAUAAUACAGAACCUUGCUUAGAGAAUAAACUAUAUGAAAGGACUGAUAAUAAACUAGUUUUAUCAAAUGUACCUGAAAAUGAAGAGUAUGAUCAAGAUGAGGAACACUUGCACAAAAAUAAUAUAAUGAGUCAAGAAGAACAUGAUUUAGAAUCUCAGAUAGAAAGUCAACCAGAAGAGCUGUGUUCUGACCAGUCUGAAAAUAUGAUGGGAAGUCGACAACUACGAGACGGUUCUCAAGCACUUCAAACAAAUGAAGACCAGAUAAAUACACAAGCUCAUUCAAUGGAUUCUGCUUACAAUAGUUGCCCUAAUGAAAAUUCUGAGGAAGAAUCCCAAAAAAUUCAAUCUGAAGAAAACUUUAAAGCUCCUGAGGGUAUCAAUGAUACAGAUAAUUCCACUGAUGAUAAGCCAUGUGUUAAACUGGUUAUAACAAAGAAGAAGGGCUCUAUAUUCAAGAGCAAGUCGCUGGUUAAUGAUAAUCCAUCACCGUUGCCAGCAAGGAAAAGGAGACAUUUGUAUAAACACCAGUGGGCUAAUGAUAAAGGAAAUGAAACUCCUAGACCCGAGCAACCUGAAAAUACAGAGGUAGAAAAUCCUGCAAGUGCAAUACCUGAAUCCUUAACAAGAGUCAAAAGAUAUAGGUCACCUGACCCAAUCAUAACCGAAUUAGAUUCUAUUGAAUCUGGCCGCCAACCUUACACAAGUGUUAGGUGUGCAAAAGAGGCAAAAGAGUUCUACACAGUUGUAAGAAAUGUGAAAAAAGCACAUCAAAUACAAGAAAUUGGGGAGUUCCAAGAGUUUAAUGAUGAUGUAGAAUAUUUGCUAGAUGCAUUACAGGACAACAAUCCAAUGUCGACACGAUGUCUGUCAGCUAUCACGUUAGCGAGCAAAUGCACGGCGCCUGCCUUCCGCAUGCAUUUGCGGGCACAUGGCACCGUUCAGAAGUUCUUCAGCGCGCUACACGACGCCACUAAUGAUCAGAGCUUGGGACUGUGCACAGCAACAGUUAUGUUUGUGCUCUCUCAAGAUCGUCUCAAUAUGGAUUUAGAUAGAGAGUCAUUAGAACUAAUGUUGAAUCUCUUAGAAUCAGAUGCUUCUCACAAAAAUGCUUUGGACGACUGCGGCCUAACAUCUGCACAACUAGCGAAAACGCAAGAACGAGUACGGGAUUUGUGCGCUGAGAUAAAGAGUCAAGGAAAAGCUACACAUUUGGACUUGGAAAACAUCACUGUGGGUCAUUUAGCAAUGGAAACUCUUCUGUCAUUAACAUCAAAGCGGGCUGGAGAGUGGUUUAAGGAGGAGUUGCGAGUAUUAGGUGGGGUAGAUCACAUUGUCCGCACUAUACAGGACUGUGCAAGUAGAUUGGAAAUCCCUGCUAAUAUGUGGACAAGUGCUGAGGUGGAUGUUCUUCGAAAAGCUGAUAGGUGUAUGCGGGUCCUAGAAAAUGUGACGCAGCAGAACGAGGACAACCAGGUGUACUUAGUGGGCGAGCCGCUGGGCGGGGCGCGCAUUCUAGCCGCGCUUUUACGGCGUUGCGCGUGUGAAGCACGCGCCCAGCCGUCUCUACGCGGACCCCUGCUUGAUGCAGCCCUGCCCGCGCUCAAGGUGCUUGUCAACCUGUCGCACUGCUUCGGGAGCGCCGCAUCAAUAGGAGCACAAGUUGUUGGUGAACAGCCAUCAAUAAUGGAGAUCUGCUUAAUAAUGUUAAACAACCAAGGCAACUUCAUACCAGACAAUAAAAACUUUGAAUUCAGUGUUUGUGUACUCUUGUUGUUAAUAAAUUUGGUCCAGAAUAAUGAAGACAACACACAAAGGUUGCUGAAUACAUCUAUACCAGUAGAUAACGAUUGUGAAGUAGACAGCAUAUCUGCUUUAGAUCUUAUAGUUGAUCUUUUCUACAAGCGUGAGGAACUUGCUAGGCGGGCAGAAGAAAACACAGAUGCACUAUUAGACGGCAAAAAGGAAACAGACGAUGAAAAAGAUGCGAAAAAACAGUCGCAAGAUGACAUUGAUGAGACUGUUGCCAAAUUGCUGGCGCGGGCGGGCGCGCACAUGGAGCACACGAUGCGGGUGCCCAGCUACGCGCCGCUGCUGCCCACGCUGAGGAAGUACUACACCUUCCUCUCGCUCACGGCCAGCGCCGAAGCUGCAAUUGUCGCCCACGUUAAAACCACACAGAGGAUAAUAGAGUUCAUGGAAGCUAGUGAUAAGGAGGACACACAGCCAGAGCCAAACCAACCAACAGCUGCAUACAGUGCAAAAACCUACUCCAGUAAUUACUAUCAGACAUCUCCGUCAGAUGUGCCUCAGGACAUGUCCCUCAGUAACUUGAACUACAGCAUGAAUUGUAGUUCUUCGAGUUCUGACCGAAUGUCUUCUUCAAUGGAGGUUGAUGGGUAUCAC